GACGCAGCUGAGGCCGGUGAGGGUGAAGCGCUGACAGGACACUGGUGGAGAGCAGCCGUCGGCGCACACAGCUCAGUGAAGUGUGUCUGCAGCAGCCAGCAUAACACUGGAUUACCAUCACACAGAGGGCUCUCCAGAAGGGGGCGGCGUGAGACCGACCACGACUCCCACCCCACGCGGUCCUCGAUCAGUCUCCGCUGUCCGGAUCACGCCUCUGAAGACCAUGAAAGGCUCUCCUGACCUGAUUCCUGCCGCAGAUUUGGACCCCAGCAGAGUGUGCAAAGGGAAAGGAGUGGUGACUCUUAGGGCCACCCUGGUCCAUAUAGACGAGGAGGGCUGCAUCAGCCGAGAGCCAAACGUCAUCACAGCGCCAAGUGACUGGACAGGCCAGAUUAAUGGAGACAGCUCUAAAGCAGGAUUGGCAGAGGAAGGCAGCAACAUCACAGCUGAUUUACCACCUGUAAAUAACACUCAGUGCAAGGCAAAUUCACCAGAGAGCAUAAAAGCAAACCAGGCUCUAUGGUCCAGUGAUAUCCAAAACUGUGUCUCGUCUCCCUCCGGCUCUGUUUACCCCUGCACGAGCACAGUGAACCCCACCAUAGUCCUGCUGCACCACAACAGAGAGCAACAAAAGCAUCUUUCUCAUUUUCAAGACCCAACCCCAGAAAGGGACAAAAGCCCUGAUCCGGGGAGGGACUCGGUCAGUCCGGAUGAUAUGGACUUGAAGAGGCUGCGGCUGUCUCUGCACUCCCCUGACUUCAGUCCUGUCAACAAGCCCAUUGUGCCUGUACGGAACACAGAAAAGUCCAAAGACUGGUACAAGACAAUGUUCAAACAGAUCCACAAAAUACCUGAGGCUAUAGAGGAAAACCCUUACCGUCCCACCUACAUUUUCCCCGAGAACUGUGAUAUUCAGAUGAAAUCGAAAGAUGAUUGUCCCACUCCCUUUGGUUACUUGGAAGAUGUGAGAGCAGUCCCGCGCUCUAAGAGUGAUGCCGAGAUGGAUUCAAGAGGCCGCUCGAUGCCCGUGCCAACGCGCUCCUCUUCCCUCAAACCCUCUGCCAAAAGGAACGAGUGGGAGCCCCCGGAUAAAAAGGUAGACACCAGGAAGUACCGCGCCGAGCCCAAGAGCAUCUUCGAGUACGAGCCAGGGAAAUCGUCGGUGCUGAAGCUGGAGAGAACGACUCAGGAUGUAAAUCCAGAAGAUGUAAAUGUAAAGAAUGAGCCUUGGUAUAAAUUCUUUUCAGAGAUGGAGUUUGAGAAAGGGAGUGCCCCCUCUUUCAGCCCCCUGGAAACAGCCUCCGACCUGCAGCACUACUCCUCAAGCAAGUCUGGACACAGUGAGGUGGAGAAGGACGGAGGAUCAUCCUCGAGUGAGCCCGGCGCUCCAGAAUGCGAACGCCAUGUUUACAAGAGUGUCCUGGAGGGCGGCGACAUCCCCUUACAAGGUCUACGGGCCCUAAACAAGCGCCAAGCCAGCUCCUCCUCCUCUAAAGUGGAUUAUAAAGGUGGGAAUGGCUAUAUAAUUUCACCCUGCUCCUCUGUAAAUAGUCGAUCGGUUCUUGCCAGUAAUGCAAUAGGUAGCCAGUGUAAGAGUAUGAAGCCUCUUUCUGCUGCCAAAGCCUGCAUACCCCAAAUCCUGCCCUCUAAAUUCAAGCCCAAGCUGCUGCCGCCCAGUGGUGACAGUCAGGAGAGCAGGACUAAAGCUGUCCGGCACCCAAAGGCCCACAGCUGUGAGGAGCUGUACACGGGGCCCUGUGACACAGACUGUUCCGGAGCAGAGGAAAGGGAGAGCGAGCAUUAUGCAGACUCCAGCUCAGAGUGCGGGGACCGCUUCAGGAAUGUUUCCCCCACAAUCAGGAGGGGCGCUUCAGAGUUCUCCAGCCUGUACAAGAGCAUGCACCACAUCCAGCGGCCCAGCUCGGCCGGCUGCAGCCCCAACGGCAGCGUCCGCAACCUGGCCUCUCUUUUCGAGAAGUCAAAAGCCGAGGGGGGUGAAAGGUCUGAGGCGGAUGACGGGGGUGACAUUCCACGGGAGGCAGUGUCGUCACGGGUCAGCGAGUUUGAAAUGAUCAUCCAGCGGUCCAGCUCCGCGCCCAGCCGCUCCUCCUCCAUGCCCACCCUGAACUCCGGCCACAGCCCCGACCACAGCACCGCCCAGCUCUUCAUGGCCUCUGCAGUGUCAGCGGAGUCCCUUUUGGUAACUAACGCCACCCAGAUGGACCGCUGCACCCCAGUGGAGGCAGAGGGCAAGAGAUGUGAGGAGGAGACCGUGUCACCGGGCGAUGUGAGCGCCUCCUCACAGGAAGGACAUGUCAGGAGUGAUUCACCCUGUAACACUGAGGAGGAGGUCGAGCAGAUCCUCAGUAAAGCCCCAGAACUGAUCCACCAACAUGUAUCAAAGAGUCCCUCCAUGCAGCUUCCAGCAUCUCCGCAACACAACCAUCUCCACCACCACCAUUUGCUACACCACCUCAACAAUCAACUCCUCAAACCCAGCAAAUGCAAAGGCUCUUGCCCCGCCUCCUACACCCGCUUCACCACCAUCCUCAGGCACGAGAGGCAGCAGGCCACCAGCCAACAGGAGAGGCCGCCCCCUGUGGAGAAGAAGACCACGCUGCCCGGGAACCUCCUGCUCAUGGGCCCCGCUCCUUUCAGGUUACGGAAGAACCUGCAAUCCCACCAAAGUCGUAGGACCCUGUUAGCCACCAAGGUGACAACGAGCACCCAGAGGCCCAGCGCUUUUUCCCCCGAGCCCAGGCCCCUAAUCCCCCAGCGCCUCUCCUCCCUGGAGGUCCUGGAGAGGCUGGGGAACGGGGAGGGGAGCCCCACGGACCAUCUGAGUAACGGGCAGGGCUUGGACGCCAACGGGAACCUCCUGCAGCCGCCGGCCGCUCACCGCAGAGACUCUUCCCCAGUUCUCGGGGAGAGCCAGGAUGAAGUAAUGCGGAGGCGUCAUGGGGACAAAGAGAAAAUCUUGGAGGAGCAGCGGCGGCUGAAGCGGGAACAGGAAGAGGCCGACACGGCGUCAAGGCGACACACAGGCAAUGUCCCCACGCACCACCAGUUCAUCACCAACGAGCGCUUCGGAGACCUGCUCAACAUCACAGAUAACACGGAGAAGAGGAAAUCAGGCGUAGAGAGAACUCCAGCUAUGGCUCGCUUCGACUUCAGAGCAGAAACUCUAAAGGAGUUACCGUUUCAGAAGGGAGACAUCAUCUUCAUUAUUCGACAGGUGGAUCAAAACUGGUAUGAAGGGGAACACCACGGAAGAGUUGGCAUUUUCCCUCAGAGUUACGUAGAGCUCCUUCCCCCCACAGAGAAGGCCCAGCCAAAGAAAAGUGCCCAAGUGCAGGUACUGGAAUACGGAGAGGCUCUCGCACGCUUCAACUUCAACGGGGACACGGUGGUGGAAAUGUCUUUCAGAAAGGGGGAGAGGAUCACGCUGAUUCGCAGAGUUGAUGAAAACUGGUAUGAAGGGAAAAUCGCCGGCACCAAUCGCCAAGGCAUCUUCCCCGUCACAUACGUAGAAGUGAACAAACGACCCCGCAUCAAAAAUGGCGUGGACUACCUGGACCCUCCUGUCAGCCAGUCGCCACAGCGCAGCCUGAAUGCUUCCCCUCAACUGUACCGUAAUCGUCUGACCACCUCCCCCCUGCCCCUCCCUCGCUCCCCCCGCCGCUCCGUGUCCCCCGAGGUCCACGCUAUCUCCUCUGAGUGGAUCUCCCUGACUGUGGGAGGCGGGAGCCCCCCCGCCGCACCCACCCCUCCCCUGCCGCCGCUGCCCACCGUGUCAUAUCGCUGCGGCGAGUACCUGCCCCCGCCCUACUCCGCCAGCCCUGUGCCCCUCAUCAGCGGCAGCCCAUACGGUAUCUCACCCAUGGCCUCCCCAUCCGCCUCCCCUCUCCCCCCGCCUUACCCGCCCAGACCCAACUCCACCACUCCCUUCCUCACGUUCACCCCGCCUCAGGGGGAGGACUUUCUUCGAUUCCGUCCCAGCAUGAGCCCCUGCGGAGGGCCGGUGCUGGAGGGCUGGUUGAGGGGGGAGAAGGAGUUGACAGAGGGGGAAGGCACAGAGGGGGACAGGGGCCACGCAGCCCCGGGCAGCAGGCGAAAUAGCCCUGCAGAGUUUGUGAGGAAUGAGGCUGAACAUCAUGGACGCAGCUCCAGAAGCCCUGUGAUGCUGUUUGACAUCCAAGACAACAACAAUGUCAACUCGUUAGCGGAGGCAGUGUGUAAUGAGAUCUUGAAUAUAGCUGAGACCUCGGUGAGGUAUUGCAGCAACCUGUCCCACCACCCUCAUGACUCUGUCAAUCGACUGCACCCCCACCCCAGUAAACAAUCUCUCAUCAUUUCCCAGCAACCCCUGUCCCACAGCAGCAGCCCGGAGCCCAACCGUCUGAGCUGUGGAAUUUUCCAGGCCCUGUACAGUUACGUUCCUCAGAAUGAAGACGAGCUGGAGCUGCAUGAGGGAGAUCUCGUCAGCGUCAUGGAGAAGUGCGAUGACGGUUGGUUUGUUGGUACCUCAAAGAGGACGAAACUGUUUGGGACUUUCCCCGGGAAUUACGUGAAGGAGGUGAAACUGUAAAAAUGUCGGCUGUAACACAUGGUGGCCUGUGAAGCUUUGGAAGUCAUUACUAUCGCGCAUGGCUGUUGGUUAGCAAAGUCAUUUAGCCGGGCGAAUCCAUUUUGUCUGGGAAAGUGAUCGGUUCGGCCUGAGGUAUGUCAGACGGAGAGGGGCGGAGAGAGAGGCCGCUCACUGCCUAGACCUCAGCACGGUGUACACCUUGAGCACAAUUUACACACUUCUUGACAGAAAUCAUCCGUCUCCACAUGUGGAAUUUCUCCGUGAAAAUCUACCAUAAAGUAGCUUUUAUUGUACAGAUAAUAGCUUUCAUGUUGUCCAUCUAAUAUACAGUACGAGUGUUCACGUAGCACGUCAGUCCGGAGGCCGGCAGCAGAGCAGAGUAUGGAUUAAAGAGUGGAUCUUAUUUCAUGAACGCAACUUGGGAGGAUUCAGAAUGUAAUUUUAUGGGACGUGUGUUUAGAGCUGUUUGUCAUGAGCUACCUUUCAGGAACAGAGGUGUUUAUUAUGAUUAGCUAAGUACAAACCAUGCCUCUGCUUCCAGAAGAAAACCUACAGUGUUUGGAUCAAUAUAUGUAUGAAUUUUAUAUACAUGUCCAACAGGAAAUGUUACUUUAGAUCUGAGAAAAUUACUUAAAGUGGACCUAUCAUGCUAUAUUUGAAACAUAUAUUGUAGGGCCAUACCCAUAUAAAACAUGUCUGUGAAAAAUACCAAACAGAUCCUGCAUUUUAGCCAUGCCUCAUUUCGCUCUAUUUGCUCUUUUCCAGCCCUGUUUUUGCAAGGGCUGAUUCUGCUUUUGUGGCAGACUACAGCGCCACUUACAGGCCUGGCAUAUGUACUACAGUGUCUCCAGCGCUUUCGAGCGGUCUCUCAUUCCCCUGAUAGGUGGAGAGUUGCCCAUAUAGGCGGAGCACCCCUUUUCUGACAUCAGAAAAAUUCAAAUCUGUAUCAGCUCCGUUGCAGCCCUGUUUUUAGAGAUUUGGGUAUGGAGGAAAGGAGAGAGGGUUGUGUUUUCUGACACUUGGUGACACACCGGGGACACAUAUUCAUGUAUAAAAGACGUACAAAAGUGCAUUUUGCAUGAUAGGUCCCCUUUAAAAUGAGUGUCCUCUUGAAGUUUAAAUAAUCAGCCUUGUGUUUGAUGACCUUUUACUUUCUGUUACAUGUCAUGAAUCAUCAAGAAGUCAGUAUUUUUAGAACAUCUCAAUCAUUACAACUCGGUGUAACCUUAAGCUAUAGAUACCAGUUCAGUAUUGCCUUUAUUUUCUAUUUAAAGGUUGUUAUAUAUUACGAUUAAUACUUUAAAAAGUGGGAUUUUAGCUUCUCUUUUUCAAAGUAACCACAGCAAACACAAAUACAGGACUGUGUUGCAUGUCUGAUAAAAGUGAAGAGAACCCGUCUAUGUGCAUAUCCUAUAUUUUCAGAAUCUAUUUAUUUGUCAUUUAAUAGAAGUGUUUGCUGAUGGGUGAAGCCUGUAAGGUAGCUGGUGGUAAACGCUUUGCUCCAACGCAACUACAGACAGGCGUGGUAGCACUUAACUUCCUGUUUGGUCAUUGAGGGAGAUUCCACCGAACAACAUAAUAGUAGAUUAAUCACAAAAAGAACUAAAUCAUGUUUUAAGUAAAGCCAAAAAGGUGAUUUUUUUUUAAGCAUUUUGAAAUUUUACCACGCCCUUACUGACUAGAUUGUAUGUUAGUUUUAGCUAUGUAAAUGUGUACAGAAAACUUUAAGAGGCCUUCCAAAUAUGGCUACAUAUUUUCAUAUGUUAUGACUUGGAUACAGUUAGUGGAAUGAUUUAAAUAAUAAGGUCAGCAUGCACUGUAUAAAUCCAUCAAAUUGGAGCAUGAAACACGAUCAGCCAUCGCCUGAAUGUUAGCCACCGUUAGCUUUAAGCAAACAGCAGUGAUGACAGGGUUGACUGUCUGCUCUCUGAGCUUCAAUAACUCCCUGUUGGAAGAUGGCUUUGAGUUCUGCUAUCAGAGCAUCAGAGCCGUCUUCCUGCGAGAACAGAGCUCCCACAUCUCCUGCACCAUCACGUCCCGUAACACACGCCACAUGUCAGAAUAGACCUUCUACACGCACAGAUGGAAAAAUGAUAGCCAUUGUUUUUCUCUGCUCCUUUUUUCAUCAAAUUCCUUGUUGUCGUCAACCGCUGCACUGUGCUCAUCAAUCUCAAAUAGCACUUGAAAAUCAGUUUUAGCACGUGUUACGACCUGCUCAGGCUUGCAGAGGGAUGCAGUUUUUUGUAUGGUGAUUGCUAAGUGUUAUUUUAAAGGGAAAGUUCACCCCAAAAUCCUAAAAUGCAGGUUUUUCCUCCUACCUGUAAUGCUUUUUACUGUAUCAAUCGAGAUGGUUUUGGGGCUAGAGUUGGAGACAUUACCUGUAAAGAUGUCUGCCUUCUCUCCAAUAUAAUCGAGAGAGAGAGAUGGCACGCUUGUGGUGCUAAAAGUGCCCAAAAACUCAAAAGCAAGGUAUCUUUCCAAAAAGCUGGACCCGGUUACUCAAGAUAAUCCAAAGACCAUGUAGUUUUAUGUAGGAACUAUUUUCUUUCUAUAUUAUCACUACGCCUGCAUCUAUUAAUGGACGAUUCACGAUUCAUUCUCUCAUCCAAGCUAGCUAACUUUAUAGCUUAGCCAAAGAAGAUGCCAUUAUGUUUACUUUUCAGGCUAGCUUCCUUCUGCGUGGCGACACGGUUAUUGGGUGUAGUUUGGUAGAAAGAAAGUAGUUCCUUCAUGAAACUGCUCCAAAUAAGGACUGUGGAUAAUCUUGAGUAGCCAAAACAGGAUUUCUGUAAAGAGAUAUUCCGUCGGAUGUUUUCUAUUUUAUUUUUCUGGCACUUUGAGCACCACUAGAGUGCCGUCUAGUUCCGUUAUUUAGGGAGAAGGCAGACAUCUUUACGGUCGAAAUCUGCAACACUCCGCAUCUCACAAACUCUACAUUUGAAAUGACGAAUAGCAUUACAGUUAAGGGAGAUAACAUGUAUUUUUUAUUUUUGAGUGAACUGAAGUUGGAUCAUUUUCCCCAAUCCACACAUGUCUAAUCAAACAGUGCCAGACUAUCAGAAGGCCUUUCUUUUUAGUGUAAUGUGAAGUUCUGAAAGAUAAAACAGUAGCUCUCACUAAAUCUAAAAGUGUAUGUUUACUAUAUCUUUGUUUUGUUUAUUAUUAUGUUUUGGCUACAGCUGUGCAGCAAUGAUAAACAUUGACCUGAUUGGAACAUGGUUUGAAGCUGUUUGUGGCUACCAUAAGUGAUACAUGAAGUUUAACAAUUGACAAAGUGCAGUCAUUUAACAAAAUUUAGCAGCAAUCAGUGUUUGCUGUUGAGACAAAUUAAGGAGGUUCUUCCUGUCACCACUGACAAUUUUGCCAACAAUAGCAAAGGAAUGUUUUCUCAAGACAAUACGCUGCAUUAUGGGUUUGCCUGUAUAGCACUGAUAUCAUAUUCAGGUAUUUUGUUCCACCACAAAGCAUGUAUUUCCCUCCACUGCUGGCUAAACAUUCUUGUUCCUGUGUAACUCCGGCCCAGCAUGAAUGUGUUAAAGAAACAAACUAUCUGAUGGAUUGAUAUACAUUUAGUCACAACACAACUCACUCUAGAUUGUCUCGUGCUCCAGAAAACCUCACAGGAUGUAUGAAUGUAUGAAUAUAUGAAUGUGGCGCAAUGCAUACAUAUGUAAAAAUGCAGACUAUUAGGCAGCAUGGCACACAAAGGAUUGUAAAUAUGUAAAAUAAAAAAAGGACUGCUGUCACUUGCAGCAGUUUAUUUACCUGAAGGAUUUUUUUGCUAAAGCACAGAGUGGAGCAUUACCGAGCAAAGGAAGUUUGACGCAUAUGAACAUUACGCUGCCAUUUGUGACGAUCAUAAUGCCUUAUGUUAGAUGCGAAAUUGUGCCUCAUUUUCAUUCAUUCCUGUGGGAGUAUCACUGAAAUGUAUUCAUGACAUAUUUAAUGUAACCAUGGUUUCCCCAUUAGUCCUAUAGUCUCUGUGAUGGGAGAACAUUUUGCUAAGAACUUGCAAGUACCUAAAAGUGUGACACAAUGCUUUAAACGUAAUGAUUAAUAAUCAUAAGAAUGGACUAGUUUGAGACGCACAACCUGCAACAGGUUUGGUUUGUUUGCUUCAUUUUGCAGUGCUGUUACAUUGACAAUAUUAAAAUAAACUAUACACUGCUGUGACUUCGGUAUUAUGCAAUAUUUAAUAAACCGUUUAAACCAU